AUUCUGGAAGGUGCCAGUGUGCCAUAAAUCACACUUUAUCUUUUCUGCUUAUUAUUUCUCGCAAACCAAACACUUUCCCUUCACCGAAGCACAGAACAUGUCAAUCGUUCCAAUCAGUGAUCACCAUGGCACAAUCGCCACCCCCUUCCCCUCAGACGUAUGGGAACCGUUCAAGAAUUUCCCAGGAGGGUUCCCUUUUUCUCUUGACCUUUGGGACCCGUUCACUGAUUUUCCUUUUCACUUUCCUUCAUUUUCUCAGGAAUUCUUCCCCUCUCUUGGAUCCCAAAUCAAGUGGAAAGAAACUCCAAGAGCUCAUGUGUUCCAGGCCUUUCUUCCCGGACUUACCAAAGAUGAAGUCGUAGUUUAUGUUGAUGAGGACAACAUGCUUCAGAUAAGCAGUGACGACGGCAAGUUCAUGAGCCGGUUUAAGCUCCCUGAGAAUGCCUUGGUGGAUCAAGUUAAUGCUUCGAUGAAUCAUGGCGUGCUCACUGUAACUGUCUCCAAGAGGAACUCGACAAAUCAGAAUGUUAGAGUAGUUGAAAUUACGGGCGAAGAUUAAUAAAUUUUGUUGCUUUUUUGUAAUAUUGUUCAUCAUGUGGCUUGUUAUGGGUUUUUAGAGUGGGAUUUUGUUUCUCGCUGUCUGAUUUAGUGGUGAACAGUGUUUGUUGUGAGUUAUUGUAAUAGUGGUUCCUGUGAAAUUUAACUUUAUCUUAUGUUUAACUGCUUUCCUUAUAGAAUUGAUGAAGAGGAUUAAAGAUUGAAGAUGCAAAGUGUAGGAGGAAGCUGAAGCGCUAAGGUCAUGUACUCUUCACACCAAUCUACAACAGCCUGUUUCUUGGAUGGGCUUAAAGGAAAAAAA